AUGGUUGAACCAGUUGAAAAGAGAAGGAAAUUAGUCGAUUCCAAGGUUCCAAAGAGUUCCAAGGUCUUCAGUCCUUUCAGAGUUUUAGGAAAUGUCUCUAAUGAGAUUCCUUUUGCUAUUGGAAGUUUAGGUUCCACCUUCUAUGCUGUCACAUCAGUAGGCAGAUCAUUUCAAAUUUAUGAUGUUUCCACAUUACAUUUAUUAUUUGUAUCACAAACCCAAGCUCCUUCUAAAUUAACAGCCUUAGCAGCUCAUUUCCAUUAUGUGUUUGCUGGUUAUAACAACAAAAUCGGGGUCUAUAAAAGAGGAAGGUUAGAACAUACCUUAGAAACUCCAGGUCAAAGCACUAUCAAACAAAUCUUAGUUUUCGGAGAUUUCUUGAUAACUACCACCACUGAUGGGGAUAUUCAUACUUUCAAGAAGAAAAAUGGUUCCAAAUAUCCUAUAGAAUUGCAUUCAUCAUUAUAUACCAUCAAUCUGAAAAUCCAUGGUGACAUUGUAGGAUUGAUUCAUCCUCCUACUUAUCUUAACAAGGUGGUAGUGGCUACUACUCAGAACAUCUUCAUUUUGAAUAUUAAUACCGGGAAAUUGUUAUAUCAAUCUCCAGAGAAUCAAUUUGGUGAAGAUAUCACAUCUAUAGAAUAUGCUCCAGCUUUGGAUAUCAUAGCUAUUGGGACCGCUAAAGGUGGUGUUUUCUUAUAUAACAUUAAGAAAGGAAGAAUCUUAGGAUCUAGAAUUAUGGCUGCUAAUGAAGAUAGUGGAUCCAAGGUUGUUUCAUUAUCUUUCAGAACCGAUGGAUCUCAACAUUUAGUAGCAGGGUUAAGUAAUGGUGAUUUAUUCUUUUAUGAGUUAGAGAAACAAACUAGAAUCCAUGUAGUUAAAUCUGCUCAUAAGGAAAGUUCUGGAGGUAUUGCUAAUGUCAAGUUCCUUAAUGGACAAUCUAUACUUGUUACUAAUGGUGGUGACAAUAGUUUAAAAGAAUUUGUGUUUGAUCCAAGUCUUUCCACUACCAACAGUGCUGUCAUCUCCCCACCAAGAUUAUUACGUUCUAGAGGUGGACAUUCUGCACCUCCUAUUAAAAUAGAGUUCCCUCAAGAAGAUAAAUCACAUUUCAUUCUUAGUGCUUCUUCUGAUAGAUCAUUCUGGUCUUUUUCAUUAAGAAAAGAUGCCCAAUCGCAAGAAAUGUCUCAAAGAUUACCCAAAACAGGUAAAAGGGUUGGGGGUCAAGUUCAAUCCAUGAGAGAGAAAUUACCUGAAAUCAUCGCCAUUUCAUCUAAUCAAGCAAGAGAAGGUGAUUGGGAGAAUAUCAUUACUGGUCAUAAAGAUGAAACGUUCGCUAGAACUUGGGAUUCUCAAACCAAAAGAAUCGGUAAACACCAAUUGAAUACCGUGGAUGGUGGAUUAGUCAAAUCUGUAUCCAUGUCUCAUUGUGGGAAUUUCGCCAUGGUAGGUUCAAGCAAUGGAGGUAUCGGUAGUUAUAACUUACAAUCAGGUUUACUUCGUAAGAAGUACAUGUUACACAAGAAAGAGGUCACAGGUAUAGCCAUUGACGGUAUGAAUCAAAAGAUGGUGAGUUGUGGAUUAGAUGGAAUUGUUGGAUUUUACAAUUUCGCUAAAUCAACUUAUCUUGGUAAGCUUGAUCUUGAAAGUCCUAUAACUUCUAUGAUUUACCAUAAAGGGUCAGAUUUAAUUGCUUGUGCUUUAGAUGAUUUAUCAGUUGUUGUCAUUGAUGUUGUCACCCAAAAAAUUGUCAGAAUCUUAUAUGGACACAGUAAUAGAAUCACUGGAUUAGAUUUUUCUCCUAAUGGUAGAUGGAUAGUGUCAGUAUCAUUAGAUGGUACUUUAAGAACAUGGGAUUUACCAACUGGUGGAUGUAUUGAUGGUAUUAAUUUACCUUCAGUUGCUACAAGUGUGAAAUUCUCCCCCAUUGGUGAUUUCUUAGCCACUACUCAUGUUACUGGUAAUGGUAUUUUCCUUUGGACUAACAAAUCUCAAUUUAAGCACAUUUCUACCAGACAUAUUGAAGAGGAUGAAUUUUCCAAUAUCUUAAUGCCUAAUAUUUCCGGUGAAGGAGGAUCAAAUUUGAUCGAAGGGGCUUUAGAUGAAGAAGAAGGUGAAGGUGAAGAAUUCAUCAAAGAUGGAGAAUUGAAACAAAUUGAUUCAGAUUUGGUUACGUUAUCUUUAGGAUCUAAAUCCAAAUACAGAACAUUAUUACACAUCGACGUGAUUAAACAACGUAGUAAACCAUCAGAGGCUGUAGAAAAACCCAAACAAGCACCUUUCUUCCUUUCUUUGACUGGACAUGAUGUUGGUGAUAGAGCUAUUGAAGCUGAAACUGGAAUUGCUGAUAAAAUGGCUGUUGAAGAAGAAAGUGACUCCAAAUUAUUACAAUAUAAAAGUAAUGGUGAUAAUUUUGAAUCUGAAUUCACAAGAUUAUUAAGACAAGGAGGUGAUGAUGAUGAUUAUACUAAAUUCUUAAACUAUUUGGUAGAUUUACCUCCAUCAACUACAGAUUUAGAGAUCAGAUCAUUGAAUUCCUUCCCUCCAUUGAAUGAAAUGACUAAUUUUGUCAAUGCCUUAACCCAAGGAUUGAAAACCAACAAACAUUAUGAAAUCUAUCAAGCAUUAUUCUCCAUGUUCUUAAAGAAUCAUGGUGAUGUGAUUUAUAAUAAUGAUGGUGAGAUUGAAUUAUUGGGAUCUUUAGAACAAUUUCAUGAAACCAACCAAACCAAAAAAGAUGCCUUGGAUGAUAUUACUCGUUACUGUAACGGUAUAGUUGACCUCAUCACCACUGUUUAG